AUGGCUACUCUCGCUUCCCCCAUGCCGACGACGGCGUACGACCAAGACCUCGACACCUUUAUCAAUCUCGACCAGCUGGCCUACACCUCCGCCGAUGUCGCCCGUCCUAAGGUUGCUCUCGCCAGUCAGCCCUCGGUCGCGAACACCGAGUUCACCAGCGACCGAAGUGCCAGCUUUGCUUCAAGUGUCACCACUAUGAAGAGCACCGCCAACAGACUGGCUUGCCGCCGGGCCCUCUCCAUGGCCUAUAGCCAAGUGACCCCGAUGAACUUCAACGGCAGCCAAGGUUACCCGAUGGGCGGCGACAUGUAUGCUGCUCAGCACAUCAAGCGGGACGAGACCCCCUUCGACUUCAACACCGUCCCAGCUCGCAACCCUUCUGAGAUGGACGUCGAGUCCGACAGCAUGAGCUCCAACCCCUACUUCUACUCGGCAACUGCCGUUAAGAAUCAAUACAUUGACCCCAAUGCACUCGGAGGCCAUGAGCUGGCUCAGGUUGGUCCAUCGACACAAGUGGGUCGCAUGUACCCCGGUAUGCAUCAGCAGCAGGCUGCGAUGGCCAAGGCCGCCCAACAACAAAAGCAAAAUGAGAUGAUCCGUCAUCAGAUGCAGCAACAGCAGCGUCGCCCAGGGGACGUCCCUGCUGCUACCCCCAACCGCGGUACCCGCAACCCCGACCCAGUCGUCGAGGAGCGGAUCUCUCAAUUGCUCCAGCAGAUGCGCCAAAGAGCCGUUGCGGCCGGCGAGGCCUCCCCUGAUCCGUCGUCAGACCUACCUCACCUGUCCAAGUCCAAGAAGGACGAAGCCGAGAUGGACGAGGAUGAACGUCUCCUUGCCAGCGAGGAAGGAAAGAAGCUGAGCAGCAAAGAGCGCCGCCAACUCCGCAACAAGGUCUCCGCCCGUGCAUUCCGCUCCCGUCGCAAGGAAUACAUUGGUCAGCUCGAAAGUGAGGUCGCGGCUCGCACCAACGAAGCUCAUGACCUUCGUAUGGAAAACCGCUCUUUGUACGAGGAGAACGCUCGUUUGAACGACCUCGCUCGCAUGCUUCUGGGAUCCCCUCACUUUGCCAACUUCUUGAACGAGAUGCCCGACAGCAUUCCCGCUCAGGUUCAGGCUCAUCAGCAGCCCCAGCAGCCCCAGCAGCCCCAGCAGCAGCCUCAGCAAGUCAACGUGCCUAAGCAAGACGCUGCUCCUCGUGGCCCCGAGUUCCAACUGCAGCAAACCCCACAGGCCAACAUGAUGAUGGCCCCCAGCCAGGGUAUGGAUGCUUCGAUGAUCAACAACAGUGGCUGGAACUCUGGAAUUGAUAUGAACUUUGGCAACCCCUCUGUCUUCGCCGUUCUGGAUGUCCCCGAAGGACCAGCCCUCGACGUCGAGGCCCUCUCGGGGAAGUCUUCGUCACCCAUCGGUGCUCCUGAGCCUGCCAAGGACAUGGCGCCUGUCAUUGGACACCUAGAGAACGAGGAGUCGACCCAGAAGACCGAUGUUGGUGUCCUGAACCCAGACGUCGAGAUUGACGAGUCAGACCCCGCCUUCGCUCUUUUCGUUGAUUCUCCUGCUCCUCCCACUGUUGCUGGUGCUGAACGUGCGUUCGAUGGUGUUGGUUCUGAAAAGCCCGACGCUCACUACGAGCUCGUGGUGGACACUACCAACUCUCAGGCUCGUUUGAACAUGCUUUGCUCCAGUAUGGAAGCUGCAUUCGAGCGGGUGUCAGCCCUUACCUCCCAUCUCCAGUGA